UAUUUUUAGAUGACACUUGUUUAAUAGUACCGUAUCUAAUUAGUUUGUUUGUUUUUGUUUGGUUGUGUAUGUUAUGAUUGUAGGCAAUAGAUUGUACGAACAUUAAUGAGUUUGGAAGUGAUGACACGGAUCUUGUUGAUGAGUUACUAGAUCACAGUUGUCUUGCCGAAGAUGAAAUACCAAGAGUUGGGAUGCGGUUUAAUCAUUUGAAGCUGGCUCAGGAUUUUUAUGCGACCUAUGCAAAGAAAGUAGGUUUCAUAAGCAAGAUAAGGAAUACAAAUUAUGACAGGAUGACUAAGGAACUAAUUAACCAAUCUAUUCAUUGUAAUCGGGAGGGUUUCCGUGGAUCUCGUGUCAAAGCACCCACACGAAAGAACACGGUCGCAGCUGUCGGGUGUAGAGCAAGGGUAUAUGCAAAGUUUGACAAGGUGAAGCAAGAUUGGGUUUUGCUAAAGGUUGAGUUGAGGCACUCGCACCCAUGUUCAACUAAAAAGGCGGUGCAUUACCACGAGAUUAGAGAGUUGACCAUGCAUGCGAAAUGCAUGAUUGAGGUUAAUGAUGAGGCGGACAUUUGACCCAACAAGACAUUUCUAGCAUUGGCUAACGAGAUUGGUGGGCCAUCGAACCUGGGCUUCUCCGAGAAGGAUGUCAGGAACUACAUCUCAUCAAGACUCAGAUUCACUAAUGUCAACGCCAAUGUCGAAUGUUGGAUUACUUCAUGCGAAUGAAGGAGAUGAAUCCGAACUUCUUCUAUGCAGUAAAUGUGGACGACGAUUACAAAUUUAAGAGUGCAGUUUGGGUUGAUGCACGGUGCAGGGCUUCUUAUGAAUACUAUGGAGACGUGGUGUCAUUUGAUACCACAUACAGUACGAACCGGUAAAAUAUAUUUAUGUUGACGUUGUUUACUUUUUGUGGUAUUUUGUAUUAGUUGGAUGUUAAUAAAUGUGGUUGUUUUUACUUAGGCUUGGUUUGCCGUUCACCUCUUUCGUCGGUGUGAACUACCAUGGUAAGUCUACUUUGUUAGGCUGUGCUUUGCUAGGCAGUGAGGAGAUCCCUAGUUUUGAGUGGGUGUUCACGUAAUGGCUGAAGUGCAUGGGAACUGCACCACAUGGUAUCAUCACAGACCAGUGCAGGUCCAUGUUUGGUGCAAUUAGGAAGGUCAUACCCAAUACACGCCACCGUUGGUGCAUAUGGCAUAUAACGAAAAAGAUACCGUAUAAGCUCGGUGGUUAUGAUAGGUUCAACGAGUUGAAUGCCAAGCUGAAGCACAUUAUAUGGAACUCUCAGUCGGUUGAGGGUUUCGAGGAUGGUUGGGCUGAAUUCAUUGAGGAGUUCGACCUACAUCACAAUAAAUGGCUAUCAGGUUUGUGUCUUUUAAGUCAAAUCACGUAUUGUCAUUGCUUAGAUGUUGUACUACUCUUGUAUGUUGUUCUAAAAAUCUGUUCCUAAUACGGGUUUCUGUUGUUGGGUGGUUUGUUUUGUGUAGACCUAUUUGAUGACCGACGCAUGUGGAUGCCGAUCUUUUUCAAGGGUCAAUUUUGGGCUUCUAUGAGGAGUACGCAAAAGAGUGAGAGUAUGCACUCAUUCUUUGGUGGAUACUUACAUUGCAAGACUAGCUUGGUUCAGUUCGUCCAUGAGUACGACAAUGUGCUUGAAAACAAGGAGCAGAAGGAACUAGAGAACGAUGCUGCAGACUCAAAAGGAUUAAUCCCAUGUGCAACUAGCUCAGCCAUCGAGCGAUAAUUUCAACAAGAGUACACCAACGACAUGUUUAAGGAUGUCCAAAUGGAGUUUGGCAAGAAGGCUUAUUGCAAUAUUCGUGCCGUUAAUGAACAGGGUGACUCGGCCUGGGUAAAAGUGGAACAGGAAAUACUAGCCUAUGAGAAGACCCGGUAUGUUACGUACAAUGUCCAUUUCGGCCAUUCGACUCACGAGGUUCGAUGUGAGUGCAACUUGUUCGAGAGUGCAGGUGUGUUGUGUUGCCACUGUCUUGUAGUGCUUUCAUCUUACAAAGUGAAUAAAGUGCCUUCAUGUUAUGUUCUUUGUCGUUGGAGCAAGAAAAUAAAGUGCAAGCACACUUAUAUUAAGAUUAGCCACGAUGUGAGAUGUUCAAAUGAGAGCCACAACUUAUUCAGAGGGUUGUGUGCACACUUCUACAACGUUGCACAGGAAUUUGUGAAUGGAGAUGAUGAAGCAGCCAUGUUGCAUGCUGCUCUGGACGAUGCAAGGGCCAAGCUAGUUGAUUACCGUACCAAGAUGCAGAAUAAAGUUGUUGCUGAUGCACACACUAGCAUCGCCAUAGAGAUUUCCUCUGUGGUGGCCACAGGGGACAUUCAAGGCCCAUCAAAGGUAACUACAAAGGGUCAGCCAAAAGGUAAAAGACUCGGAUAUGAGAUGGAAAAGUCUAUCAAGAAAUCCAUGCAGAGAAAGUGGAAGAGUUCAGGCCAGGUAAGUAUCGUAAUUAAUUUAAAGCUUCACCUUUAGUUCAUAGUUGAUUAAUAAGAUAAUGACUUGUUUUCAUUUGAGUUUGUUUCUUUUAGGAUAAUCGUGUAGAAUCCUAUGAAAAUAUAGAUUUGGAUGCUCCCGCUCGGCAGAUUGGUCCGCAAGGAGUUGGUGGAUUCAUGUCCCUGUUAAACUCUUUCAGCAAUACCUAGACUGUUUUGGAUAGUGAAUCUGUUAUGUUACAUUAGAGCUCCUUUUUUGUUAGUUGUUCCAACUCAAUAUUUAUGUUUGAUGGUUAUUUCGUUGUGCGAGUUGUUUGAUGGUCAAAUGUAUAUGAAACUGGUAUUCUGUGAGUUUGGCUUAUUGUUCCAACUCUUUUGGCUUGUUGUUAACCUGGAUGUUCGAUUCAAUAGGAUAGCGGAUGUUUAUUUUGAUUGUUAACCAGAAGGUUAUUCUAAAUAGUAUCGGUGUAUUGUGUGUGAUCAGUUAGAAGUAUUUUAAUGUGGAUGUUCGAUUCAGUAGGAUAGCAGAUUGUUAUUUAGAAUAGGCAAGGCUUCAAUUACAAGUAUUUUAACCUAGAUGUUCGUUUCUAUUAGCUAGCGGGUGUUUAUUUAUGUUGGUAACCAGAUGGUUAUUUUGAAUAGUAUGGUUGUGUGAUCAGUUAGAAGUAUUUUAAUGUGGAUAUUCGAUUCAGUAUGAUAGCGGAUGGUUAUUUCUACUUGUACACAAAUAGUUAUUUCUUCUGGUUCACAGAUGAUUAUUUAGACUAAUCAUGGUGUAUUGUGUGUGAUCAGUUACAAGUAUGUUAACCUAGAUGUUUGAUUCAGUUGGAUAGUGGAUGGUUAUUUCUAUUAGUACCCAGAUGGUUAUUCUUAACUAAUAGCUGUUACGCAUAGCUAAUAUAUUGAAACAGAAACAGAGUAGUUAGAGCACAAAAAAUGUUCUGCUACAUGAAAAUUUAUCCUAUCUGUUCUAACAAAACUCCACCGCGAAAACACCUAAACAAAAUGAGAAAGGUAUUUGUGGUCUUAAGACUAAGUACAUCUAUUGCUUUCUCCGAUUCCGGUUCUUUCUCACAGGUAAUUCUUUGACCCGUUUCAUCAAUGUCCUAGUGCUUGGUGCCGUGAAUGGUGAUUUAACCAUCUUUUUCUUGUUUCUUGUAUAGUUGUGGCUUACAUGUUCUUCAUUUUGUUGCAACAAAGUUUGCACCUGUUCAAUUGAUUCAUUGUGUGCUCCCAUGACAAUAUCCACCAUGAGCUCCAUUCUAAAUCUCCGAAGCAUACUUUGUAUGGUAUUUUCAUUUUGAGGGUGAUGAUUGAAAGGCCAAAUAAACAUGAACCUGAAAUUACAAAUUUAAAACAGAGUGACCAAGUAACUUACAUCGUCCCAAUCAUCUAGUUUACAAUCUUCAGUCCAUGUCUCCAUGAAUUUAAUGACAUAAAUGCCACAAUCCCAACUACAUAAUUAAGUAAGUAUGGUCCAAUCAGUAUGAUAUCAAUAUUAUAGAAACUAUGAAUGGAUAAAUUUUUCUGGUGUGUUGAUUGGCUCUACUUACCCGUUCGGUUGCAUAGGGACUAUGGCAUAUGCAAAACUUGGGUCGUUCGUAAGUUGGGAUGGUCGCUUUGGCCAUGUCUUCAAUUAGUCGCCCCUGCAAAAUACUCAACAAUGUUUCCUCAGUUUUUGUCUUAUGUGCUCAAUUGAAUCUGCUAGGGUCGGAUACAUCGAGAAUAGGAGGUAUGUGCCACGGGAAAAUGGUCUGUUGACUCGUUGGGCAUAGAAACAUCUUCAGGACCACCAAGAUGAAGUGCCUUAUAAAAUUUGCCCGUCCUGCUUCAGUGUCCUGAUUAACCGCUAUUUUACGAUUUAUUUUGUAUUGAAUUGAGUGAAUUUUAUCCAUCAUUCUCACACUUAUGCAUAUAAAACGCAUGUUUUACAUUUUCCUUCCCAAUUUUGUGCUAUGAUUGAAAACAUGC